UGUGCUGCUGCACACAGGCGUUUGUCUUAUGUUAGGAGGUCAUAAGUUCGGGGGUGUUUGAGCUUCAAUCCCAGCACAAGCUGCAGACUUGAACAGUAGUAAAAAGGCACUGGGAGUCCAGCCUGACUCACACGGACAGGAUUUCCUUUUCCUAAUGGAACAUCUGCAAGGCAGGUGUGAUAGUGUGUCAGCGUGGCAGGUCUAGAAUCACCUAGGAGAUGGGCCUUUGGGAGAUUAUUUUGAUCACAUUAAUUGAUGCGGGAUCCUGGGCUAUAUAAAUGGAGAGCUGAGCAUCAGCAUUCAUCAUUGUUCAGUGUCCUGACUCCCCAUCAUGAUGGACUGCACCUUCUACUGUGAUCCACAGGACACUCCUCCCUUCAAGUGCUUUUAUCAGGACAGUUUAUCACACAGCAAGAUAAACUGAGACCCCAGGUGAGGUGACAGACCCUGGUAGUCCCAGCACUUUGGAAGUGGAGGCUGAAGGAUCAGGAGUUCAAGGUUAUCCUAAGCAAUACAUAGGGAGUUUGAGAUCUACCUGGACCAUAUGACACCCUGCUCAAACACAUGGUUAUGUGACCCCUCUCCAAGCAUAUGGGAAAAGCACACCCCACUGUGACUGAAAUGGUAGAAUUAGGGCAGACUGGGGUACAGAUUUCACAGCUGUGUAUAUUCCAUGCAGACCAUGCUGGUAAACUGAGGCUCAAGCAUCUUUCGCCAGAGUCUGGGUCUGCUCCGUCCCUGUCUGGGUUCCCAGCCUCACUGACUCCAGGAAGAUCAGCACAGGAAGUCACUAAGACCUUCAGAACCCAGGAGGGCAUAAAGCAGUGUUAGAAAUGACAGCCCAGGUGGCCUGCACAGGCUUCCAGCAGCUCUGAAUGACCCAGGCUGCAGCUUAACUUCAGGAAGAGCACUGGCAAACCAAACCGGCCAUCUCAGUACUAGCCUUUGGUUCUGCAGCAGCCCAGCAAGGCCCAGGCUCAGGCUGAGUCAUUUGUAAAGGAUUCAGGCCACUGAGUCCUCCACUGCAAUGGUGUGCGUAUCUGUGUUCACUUAGAUGGCUCCUGGGCAGCCAUCUCAGGAGUUGCUCUGAACAUUUGGGGCCUGACUAUCUCCAGAACCACCUAAGACAUUCUGGUGGCCCCCCUGAGGGUUUAGGAUAGCUCUGUGCAACAUUACAAGCUGGGUCUCUGUCUCUCUUCCCACCUUACCACACAGAAAUCAGAAAGAGCAGAGGAGUUAGAGGAGAGCAGAACUGACAGCAUGGGUGUGAGAGCUCAUCGAGACCACGGGCAAGCACCAAGAUGGGACAUCUGUGCAGAGGCCAGCCUGGCAGCUGGCCAGCUCCACCCCAGUCAUGAUACUGAGGACCUUCCUGUCUCACACAGGCAAAAAUGGUUUCCUGCCCACUGGCUCAGUCUGGGGCUUGUCAGCUUUCACCAGGGAGAGAUCAAACAGUCUCAGCCCCCAAAGGACUGUUUGCCUCUUAGUCACCAAAGUGGUGACAUUAGUUUGAGUGCAUCUGAACUCCUGGUACUGCACCCAGGACCCCAUCUCCUGAAGUCAGUUUACAGAAUGUCUACUUGCUUUCAAGAAGGUAAAAGGCCAACAAGAGCCUUGGGCAAGUGUGCCGGAGCACCCUGGGUGGCAACAUCUGUCAUCCAAGCCCCUGUCAGAAGCUAACAGCUGGACCAGCAUAGGCAGGUGCACAGGGCAGGAGUGAGGUGUGCAUUCUGCUCACUGCAAGUACAGUCUGGUGGAAGAGUCGGGGGACAUGGUGCUAGAAACAUCUUUCUCACACAAAGCCCUGGCUGGUGGCAGGCUCCCUGGGCAACUGUCUAGACACAGGUCCUCACCUCUCACACCCAUGCUGAUGGCCCUGCUCUCCUCUAGCUCCUCCAACUCCUCUGCUCUUUAUGAUUUCUGAGGCCCGCUCAGCAAGUGGAGCCUCAAACACUGUGGGUUCCGCUUGGUUUGGGACCACCUGCUAUUCCAGUUACUGCCCCUAGUCAUGGUCACAUCUCUUAAUGAAUCCAGCUGAGUGCUUCCUUAGCAUGUGUGAACAGAGGAUUGGCUGCAGCCUUGUUUGUUCAAGUAAGAUGAAAAGCUGUGUGUUUCUGGCCUAUGCCCUCCAACUCUGGAGAGCCCUGCAUCUGCUGGACUCAGCCAGCUUCAUCUUGCAUGCUGGGUAGAUGACUGGGCCUGUUGGACAGUAAUUUGAGGUUCAUCUUCUGUGGGAGGAUGUUUGCCAGGCUCAGUAAAAUGAGCUGUCGAAUAGCUGAUGCCCAGCUGCUGGGGGGUAAUUUAACUGACAGUUCCAACUGCUUCCCCAAACUCAGGCUAGAGGCAAUAGCCAGAGUUAGCCUGGAGCAGGAGGCUCAUCAGCCAGAUGGCUUCCACUAGAAACCGACUCCUGUUCCAGCUGCAAAUGUGACCUAGUUAAAGAAAAGAGCCUUGCAUACAGCCUUUUCAUUACUCAAAAUUGUACUGACUUCCCCCAGAAGCCCACCUGUCUUUGACUUCUGUGAUGAUGGAUUAUGCUGGCUUUGAAGAGUCCCUGGCAGCCAGAGGUAGGCACACAGCCUGCCUAAUAUGGCUUACACAUUUGAUGAGACAACGUGUAAUGACAACGUCGUGUAAUGACAACAUCGUUCUAAAGCAGCACCUCUUCAUACUGGGCUUGGUGUCUUUUGGGUCCUACUGGGGAAGCACGCUGGUAGAAUUCAUUAGAGCCACCCCUCAGGGACCAGUGCCUGCUGCCUAGAAGGCAAUCUAAUUGGUGGCUUCUGCCGCACAGACUCAGGGUUGAAAAUGAAGUGGGUAUGGGCUGCUCAGCAGGCCAUCUUCCGGCCCUUCAGCUUUAGGGAAUUACUGCAGAGAUGGUGUGGACGCCUGUUGCGGUCACUUCCCGCAGGGUAGCAGUGGCCUCGGGCGUGGCUGUUGUCCACCCUACCAGCUGCACUAGACCUGCUUGAGCUAUAGCAGUAGCAUGAACCUUUGCAAACCAGCUCAGGAGCAGGGGGCUCAAGGGAGGGAGGGAGGGAGGACCAGCAUGGCAAUCCACAUUUUCUAUAAAAGGAGCACUUGACAGAUAGAAAGCAUGACUGAUUCUUGCUGCUGUUACUUUGUGAGAUAACAGCUAGGUGACCUCAAGUUUUCAGGAUUCACACUGAUUCCUCGGCUGUAAUCAGAGUUUGGGGCUGGAAAGUCUCCUUUCUCUCUUUCCUUCUGCCUUGGGAAGGCUGCAGCUCUUGGGAGUACUCAUUGGAUUCUUAUAGUCUUUCCCGAUCAUUGAGCCACCUGGCUCCAAAGCAGGGGUAUCUUCAGGAUAGUGCCAGCUGCAGGGGUUGUCACACAGCAGAUGUGGACAGGGAUGGCCGGGUGUACACGUGGAAAAGGACAGCCACAAAAUACUGGGAGGAUUCUGUGCACUGUCUGAAUUCCACUUGAAAUAUUGUUUUAAUAACUUUGCUAAGAUUGCUUUUAUCUCGGGACUAUAUUCCUCAAGCCAAGAAGUGAAGGCUUGGCCGACCUGAGUCACAAAGCUCCUGUGUUCAAGAAAGACCACCUCUGGCCCCUGUCUGCAGGCUCUGUCCACCCCAAGGCAAUGAUUAGAGGCCCUCUCAUUCUCCAGAAUGUAACCCAGUCCAUCCGGCUUCAGCUGCCUGGCUGAGGCCUCUUUGCCACGCAUUUGCCUCUCCUGCUGUUAGCAUCCGACUCCUGUCCUUGAGGGGUCUUUGUGUGUCCCAUAGGAGUGUGUCCUGUAGGUGAGUGUCCUAUAGGUGCAUGCCCUGUGAGUGUGUGCCCUGUGAGUGUGCGCCCUGUAGGUGAGUGUCCUAUAGGUGCAUGCCCUGUGAGUGUGUGCCCUGUAGGUGAGUGUCCUAUGGGUGCAUGCCCUGUGAGUGUGUGCCCUGUGAGUGUGCGCCCUGUAGGUGAGUGUCCUAUAGGUGCAUGCCCUGUGAGUGUGUGCUCUGUAGGUACGUGCUCUGUAAAUGUCCUGUGAGUGUGUGCCCUGUAGGUACAUGCUCUGUAAAUGUCCUGUAGGUGUAUGCCCUGUAAAUGCCCUGUGAGUGUGUGCCCUUUAAGCAAGUUGGCAUAGAAACAAUGCUUUUUUCCCCUGCUUCAGGGAGCAUAUCCCAUUGAUCCUCAGAACUGAUGAACACCAGGACCCCAAGCUGAGAUGUGUCACACCCUGAGUCUGUCUGUACCAACCCCCCCACCCCACCCCCACACACACCCCUCCAUUCUUCUAGGAGCUAUUGGAGAUUGGUGUGGUGGUCCAGCCACUGGCUGCUGCUGUAUAUCCUCCUGGGGGCAGUCUCGGACUGACCUCUGUCCUCUUCCCAGCACCACACAACAGGGUGGGCAUGCUUGUGUCUACCAGUUUGUGGCAACAUUGGGAUUUGAACCCAGCUUUACUGUCCCCAGCUCUGCCACGACCUUAGAUUUCCCCUUGGUGAACUUGGCCAGUCAUGGUGGCAGGAAAGAAAGCAGCGGUAGCUGAAGAACCUAGGGCAGUGCCUCUCCCGCCCCUGCCCCUCCUAGCCAGCCUGCUCCUCGACACCCCUCCCAUCCCCUCCUGCUGAGUCUUCCACCUCUCCCACCGCCUAAGCCUUCAUUAGCCUGGGUCAGUUCUGUCCGAACCCCGACUGUCCCCAGCCUACAGUUCCCCCGGUCUCCAGCUCCCUGCCGCCCCCUGCAGGCCAUCCGUAGCUCUGCUUUCCACUCGACCCUGCAUCCCUACCCGGCUGCUGCCUGGCUCUUGCCAGUAUGGCCCUUCUGGCCGCCUUGUUCCUGAGCGCAGCCCUGGGCGCCCUGCUCAGCUUCGCGCUGCUGGCAGCUGCGGUCGCCAGCGACUACUGGUACAUCCUGGAGGUGGCGAACCCUGGCGGCUCCGGUGGUGCGCAGCAGCUCGCCUCACAUUCUGGGCUCUGGCGCACCUGCGAAGGGAAGAACAGCUGUGUGCCCCUGGUUGACCCGUUUGCCAGUGACAGCUUGGAAGCUUCUCCCUCUAUACAGCAUCUUCUCUUGCUGCAUCGCACAGUCAUGGUAGUCCUGCCUCUGAGCCUCAUCCUCAUCGUAUGUGGCUGGGUCUGCGGCUUGCUCAGCUCCCUGUCCCAGAGUGUCCCUCUGCUGCUCCUCACUGGCUGCUACUUCCUGCUAGGGGGUGCCCUGACCCUGGCAGGGGUCAGCAUCUACAUCAGCUACUCACACCUGGCAUUUGUGGAGACUGCCCGCCUGUAUGGUGUGCAGCACAUGCAGAGUGUGAACAUCAGCUUCGGCUGGUCACUGGCCCUGGCCUGGGGCUCCUGUGCCUUGGAGGUGCUCAGUGGUGCCCUCCUGCUCACAGCUGCCCGGUUCCUCAGCCUGAGCCAACGCCCAGGAAUGCCCCACUCCGUGAUCAUCUGAGUCCCAGGUGGCGGGCUGUGCGGAGAAGGAAGGCUCAAGCACUCUUGGCCUUUGCUGGAAUCCUGACUAGGAAGGUGCCCUAGGGAUGGCAUGCUGGGGAAGUGCUCUUUCUACUUCAGCUGGACAUGAGAAAGGCAGAUGAUAGCAGUGUCUCAAGUCAUGGCACAGUCUGCUGGGGUGCCUCAGGGUUCUGGGUGCUCAGGGCAUGCUCUUGCUCUGGGGGCACAGACCACUCCAACCCUCAGGAGCUGAGACAGUCCCAGUCUGUGCUAGGAACUGCCUGAGUGCAUCCUGAGCGCUUCCUUACCUCUCCAUCCCCAGUCAUCCUAUGCCACAGAGAGGGAGACUGAGGCCAGAAAACCCGAGAACAGAUGGCAGAUCCUGGUGUCACUGCAGUUUGACACCUGGGUUCUGUUUUGUUCCCUCUCCCAAGGGGAGGUUGAUGGGGAGAGGCUUGGGGCUGAAGGGAGGGUACAGUCUAGGUUUGUUUUCAAGCCACCACGUGGGUUACUUACUUGAGUGCUUCCAGGCAGGGUGGACCUUCGCAUCUCAGUCCGUGUCUUGGUACAGGCUGCUGCCCUGCUGGCCUGGUACUUCCUCUUUAAAGCAACAACCAGGAGGAUGUCUGAGACUGGCUGCAGUUGGGGUGAGCUGGGGCCAUGCCUGGCCUGCCUCCUGGUUGCCUGGAUCUCUACUUCUGCUGGAUUUGGCUGCAGGCGUGGAUGGGUCAGCUCACAGGCUGCCUGCAGCCUACUCCCUGUUGAGGACAACAUAGGUGGGAACUGAAUCAUAUCUGGCCACGUAAGGGGGCAGACCUGUGUUUGCGUGACUGGACAGUGGAUGGCUGUUAAGUUAGGGGCUGUGCAGUACCAGAAAGCCCCGAACAGCCCUGAUUCUGGUGCAGGCUCUUCCUUCGGGAUAUGCACUAGGGAAGGUAGUCCUUGUCAAGGUCCCAGUAGUGUCCCCAAGCCACUUUUGAUUGCCUCUAAGAAUAUGGGAAGCUCCUGGGGAGCAGGGGAGUACUUUGUAGGGUUUAAUGUGACCUACUGAGGGCAAGGUCUGGAACUGAUGGCGACCUCACUUUCAAUUUGUGUUCUAAUCUUUGCCAUUCCAUGUAGGAGCACUGCUAAGUGUCUGAAUAAAUCAGCUGCAAUGUAUA